CAGCUGCGGGCAAAAGCGCUGGCGAAGGAUCGCGCCCGUUGUGCCGACGGUCGAUUACACCACCCGCCGUUGACUCGUCGCGUCUCCUCGUUUUGUGUCUUUCGGUGCGCACGCUGUGACAACGUGGCGGAGUGAGCGAGUGAUUUUGCAACGCGGAGAAGGGCUGUGUGUGUCUAUCUGUCGUUGUGAUCGUGGCCGAGACCGUGCUCAGCGAGCGCGUAGCGUCGCCCAUGGCGACUCGGCAUCGCUCGUCGUCUGUUCCACCGGGUUCGACCGCCGUGUUGCCAGGCAGUGCCGUGGCACGUCCCCCCCUACGAUGAGCGCCGUCGCCGGCCGCCGAUCUCCUGUUGAAGUAGACUACGCGUCUUCCCGAGGCACAACGGCACCCGUCGACGCCUGCCUGCGGCCCUUUCGUUCAACCAAGCUGCUGCUGUGAUCCGUUGGCCCAGCGAAAGCGUGCUGAAGACGGGAACUCGGUGGCGAUACGGGAGGUUUGGCCGGAGUACUGCAGGUACUCAGUGACUUGGAGAAGGCGCCAAGAUGGCGGUGCACGCAGUGGCAGCUGCGGCGGCCGCCGGGGGUGCCAAGCGCAAGGAGAUCUACAAGUACGAGGCGCCCUGGACGGUGUACAGCAUGAACUGGAGCGUACGACCUGACCGGCGCUUCCGGCUCGCCCUUGGCAGUUUCAUCGAGGAGUACAACAACAAGGUGCAACUGGUGUCCUUGGAUGAAGACACUUCAGAGUUCCUGGCCAAGAGUACCUUCGACCAUCCAUACCCGACAACAAAAAUAAUGUGGAUUCCUGACACUAAGGGUGUGUUUCCCGACUUGCUGGCGACGAGUGGGGACUACUUGCGGGUGUGGCGUGCGGGCGACGAGACACGCCUGGAGUGCCUGCUGAACAACAACAAGAACUCCGAUUUCUGCGCACCCCUGACCUCCUUCGACUGGAACGAGGUGGACCCCAACCUGCUCGGGACGUCCAGCAUAGACACCACCUGUACCAUCUGGGGCCUUGAGACGGGCCAGGUGGUGGGCCGUGCGAUGGCAGGUGGGGGCGCUGUGUCAGGACACGUCAAGACGCAACUGAUUGCCCACGACAAGGAGGUGUACGACAUUGCAUUCUCUCGAGCGGGCGGCGGCCGCGACAUGUUUGCCAGCGUGGGUGCAGACGGGUCGGUGCGAAUGUUCGACCUGCGCCACCUGGAGCACUCCACCAUCAUCUACGAGGACCCACAGCACCAGCCAUUACUGCGUCUGGCCUGGAACAAGCAGGAUCCCAACUACCUGGCCACUUUUGCUAUGGAUGCUUGUGAGGUGAUAAUCCUCGACGUGCGAGUGCCGUGCACACCUGUGGCGCGGCUAAACAACCACCGAGCAUGCGUCAACGGAAUCGCCUGGGCUCCCCACUCGUCGUGCCACAUCUGUACAGCUGCGGACGACCACCAGGCCCUGAUCUGGGACAUCCAGCAGAUGCCGCGGGCCAUCGAGGACCCGAUCCUGGCAUACACAGCUGAGGGCGAGAUCAACCAAAUCCAGUGGGCGUCCACCCAGCCCGACUGGAUCGCCAUCUGCUACAACAGUUGCCUGGAGAUUCUGCGUGUCUGAAACUGUGGCCAGGCUUUUGCCCAGUGACUGAUCUGAUCUCAGCGUCUCAGUGCACAAGUGCUGGCCAAUGUGAAGAAUCCCGGUAACUCAAACACUGAAUACGGACGUGCGAACGUGCCUUUUGUGUCAAAUUACUAAUCGGUGUUUGGCUCAACUGUCACCUGGUAGCACUCACCGACGUGCAGUCACGACACUUGGAAAAAUCCAGGUUUCGUUGGCUUUUCAUCGUGGUCUGGUGUGCACAAAGACACCAAAAGUGCAUGCACCGAAGAAAACACACUCUUUGAACCUGGUGGUGAAGAUGUUUUUUUGUGUUUACUUGAACACCAAGGAAGAGGUGGUGAUCCACUAGAAGGUAUGCGCCGUCACUUUUCGUUGGCGGCGACAAACCAGUUGACUUCUACAAGGAAGAAGGCAUCCAUGCCAGUGAUUUAGCUGAAGCCUUCAGCUGAAUGCGAGGUGAAGUGGUUAGCUGUGCCAAACUGACCGUUCGUUCUUGCAGGCCUCUCCUGCAGGCCACCCAUGGUAACUUGUGUGCCGAGCGUGUGAUUGUGCUUUGAUCUGUUGUACCAUCAUCAUCGUCAUGUGCCACACAGAGGAAGCCACAUGGGCGUGUGAUCAAACACACAAUGUCUUCUGUGUUUUACCAAUUGAUGAAGCUGCUGUCUGCAGCAGCGUGUUGUCUGGAAAGAGACCAUGUGGUCAUUUUUUACAUUUUAUUUAGCUUUUAGACUUUUAGACAUUGAAAUUCCUUUUUAUUGCACGGUAGGCUCUUGGACAUUUCAGAUGCAGCAGACAAGUGUAAUUGAGCACAAAAAGCAUGAGUCGUAAAAAAAACGCAUGUGCAUUUGUUGCAUUCAAACAGUCUGUGCAUAUCUUGCGAAUGUGUAAAGAAUAUGUGCAGUGGUGCCUGGUCGCUACUGUCAACCAAAGUAGCCUACCGCUAAGUUAUGCAAUGUGAAACUAUGUAAGUACAGCCUGUUUCCUAGCACCAUCUGUUUGUUUGUUUUAAUGGUGUGGUCAUUUAAUGCAAGGGUUCAUUAGACAAAAUAUCUAAGUACAACAGUACACUUGGUCAUUUUACAUAGCUCAUGACCCCUGUCGAGUAUAGCUUGGGUUUUAUUGUAUGUUUUGGAGCUGGUGUCUGGCUGCCAUUGUGUGCGAGCAACCGUGUUUUAAAAGUGGUGCAUGGGCAGCAAACACUUGAAGGCCAAGAUGACUGGCAAAUUUUCUUUCUCUUUUUCUUUUGCCAUUGCAUUCACGGCAAAUCUCGAGGGUCUUUCCCUCAAGGCACACGGCUCAUCGUUUGACGCCAUGUCGGCUGAGGGCGUCCACGCAGACACACUUAGUUUCAGUUUCACCAUAGUAUGCAAGCAUUGGUAAAGUACUGCAAUUGUCAAAAGCCUCUAUACAAAUCGAGCGUAACAUAGCCAGAUGAGCUAGCCUUUUUUUUUUUUUUCUAGUGUCUCUAUGAAGGCUUUCUCGCAUCAUUACUUGCCGACAUGUGAGUGCGAUGACAGCACUUACCGAUGCUUUUUUUUUUUUUUUUCUGUGUACAGCCCUUCAUGUUAAAGUAUUGCAGUGGGUCCUUCAUCUGGCAACAUUUAAGUCGUCUCAUUCAUGACUUGAGGUCGAUGCAAGAGCAAAUCUCUUGUCAUGUCUCCGUGCAGGGUAACAGUCAUAAUAAAGUAGUGCGGUCAAGCUAGAACCUUGGCGAUCAUUAAAACCUGUUCACCAAAGCAAAUUUUCAUGACAUUCUGUUCUCACGGAGAUGUGGCUCAGCACCUUGAAAUCUCCACGGAAGUCACCUUUUUUCAAUAAACAUUCUUUGUACCAUGGAGGCAGUGCCCAAUGUGCAAGUGCUGGAUCAUGUGGCGGAUCUCCCAGUGACUCGGAACACUGAAUUGGACGGCUAGCAUGAGGGCCCAAGCAUUUGCUGGGGUCUUGUAUCAGUGAACAUUGAAAGAUGCAUUGGACAGUCGUGUGAUCUGUGUAGAAGUGCUGAAUAUCUGUGGACAUUGGGUUUUUGUGCGGUGGUAGGGAAACGUGCGUGUGUGGAGUUCAUUUUUGACGAACUAUAAAGGCACGCAGGACGUUGAACUUUGUUCUGUGUGCCGUUCCUGGACACAGCGCCGUGCCAGUAUCUGUGACGAUGGCGCUGUAUCUCACGAAGGGCGCUGCAAUGUAUGGGAUAACCCGGUCACUGGUGGGCCGUGAUAGACUGACUGCGUUGAGAGUUUGACAUCAACACCAGUCAAGUAGAGUGUGGUGGAUGUAUUGGCACCCAUCAACAUGUCUUUAUGAUGCUUUAUGCCAUUCAGUGUCUCAUUUACAGACUGUGUGAUGCCGUUUGUUGGCAUUUGUCCUUAUUGACAAGAUUUCAUUGAAUUGCAGUGUGCCGAAGCCCUAGGGCAGUGACGAUUGAUAUCAUCUGGACAUCUGCUUUUGUGUGUUUUGUUUAUACAUUUACAUUCUUGUGUGACUAACAUGGUUCUAGCGGUGGUUAAGUCGAUCCCAAUUUAAAGUUUCAGCUGGCGCACAUACAUAUCUGUUUCGUUACAUUGAUCCUGAAAUUGACCUGCAGUGGAUAAUUUUCAUUUGUCUGGCCAUCAAGCAUGCACCUGAACUCAUUAGCGCCUUCAUUCAUGACCGCAGUGGGUGCAUCGUCUGUCUUGCCGGUGCUAGGGGACAGUGAAUGCAUUGAAGGGAAAUUAUCACCAGGGGAAAUCGUCGACUUUCUGCCUGCCUUCGGGAGAUUUUGACGUGUUAAUGCAGCUCACCAGGGAGUUAUCAUAUUUACCCAAUUUUAAUGCGUGCCUUUUUUCCAAUUGGCCUGGAAAUAGCCUGCACGUUACAAUCCCAUACGGAACUGUGUUUCAGUGUCAGCAGCAGUGUACCAUCAUCGUCAUUGUCAUCAGAAAAUGGCGACAGAAGGAGUUUUUUGCAAAGAAUGGUGACGAUGGCUUGUCACUCGCAGGCUUUCUAAAGGAAAACUCAUUCAGAAGAUAAGUCUUUUUAUGUGCUAAGCUGGUAUCGACAGUUGUGUCCCGUUUUCGGCACUCCAGACACUUGCAAGUUUGACUGGACAAACUGGCAAUAUUAGUCACGGCAUUGGCCAUCUACCAUUGCAUUUGCGAUUGUAGUGGAGUCAUUAAAAAAAAUUGAAAUAUCAAAUGCAAUGCACCAGAAUGAGGACAGCAUGUUGUGGCCCGUAGGCAGUGAUGAAAGAAUGUGAGAUUGACGACGAUGGUGAUUACGUGUAUACGAAUUUUUGGUCUGUGGAGGUUAACGUUACAGGUUUUGUCCCUAUUCUAGUUGCCAGAACUGGAGGCAUGCAGCUAGUUUGUGUGUCCAUUAUAAUAGCUUGUGCACAUUACAUUAGGAAGGACAAUAGAGUUAGGUAAAUAAUGUACUGCGAAAUGGAGCAGUGGUAUGAUUGAACAUUCUGCUUUUAACUUGAGCCGGUGGAGAAUUGAGUCACUUUCGCUGAUACCGUCAAUGUCAAAUUAUGGAAGUUGUCUGUGUUUGCGGCACCACUGGUAUGUAGCACCGUAGAUUCAUUGUGCAUAAUGGGUAGACAACCCAUUAUCCACAUGGUAUCACCCCAUUGAAAGGCAUUCAUAGCAUAGAAGCAUAAAACAUCUUGCAUUCCGAGAACUUGGCCACUGCAAACCAUUUCAAAAGGGCUGCCUUUUUGCCUUCUGUUUAUUUUUGUGACCUCACCUUUGAGAUGGUACUCGUCACCAUAGACGACCCAUUGUGUACAUGUGGCAUCACCUUGGUGGAAGUGCAUUCAUAGUGUCGUCAAAAAAUAAAACAUCCUGCAUUGUGAGAA